UUUUGUGAUCCCUGCUCUAUUCUUCUAAGCAGAUCUGGGACUUAAGGUCUCUCCCCAGAGGCUGCCUGGGAGAUAGAAGGACUGGAAACCUGCUGCAUGUUUGGAAGACAAGAUCGACAUGAGGUCCUGGUCAGGAUUAAACUUGAUUUUCAGCAGUAGGAUUUUCUAACAGAUGUAUUAUUGGACAGGGAAUAAGGGGCCACCAGCGCUUGGAAAUUGGAUCAAGAUUGGCAUUGGCGGUCCUGACAUGUUCCGGCGUGCAGUGGGGAAGACCCUGGGGUUUGUUGGCUACACCAUCCAGUAUGGUUGCAUUGCUCACUGUGCAUUUGAGUACAUCGGGGAGUUUGUGGCGUGCUCUGGACCUUCAAUGGAGCCUACGAUCACAAACCAUGAUGUGGUGUUCUCUGAACGGUUGAGUCGUCAUUUCUACCGAAUUGAAAAGGGGGAUAUCAUAAUUGCAAAAAGUCCCUUUGAUCCAAAGAUGAAUAUCUGUAAAAGAGUAAUUGGAUUAGAAGGAGACAAAGUCUGUACCAGCAGCCCCUCGGAUGUCUUUAAAACCCACACUUACGUUCCGAAAGGGCAUGUAUGGCUGGAAGGGGAUAACCUAAGAAAUUCUACAGAUUCAAGAAAUUACGGCCCAGUUCCCUAUGCCCUCAUUCGAGGACGCGUUUGCUUAAAGUUAUGGCCUCCACACGACUUUGGUGCUUUGAACAAAAGUCCAAAUGGAAGGAUUAUACGAAGAGACUGACUACUUCUCCCCACCUGUACAAAAAACAGAUUUUGUUACAAAUGUUUUUGUUUAAAAUAAAUUAUUUAUUCUUGAAGACUGUCUUUGACUUAUUUUUUUUUUAUAUAACAGCUAGUUUAUAUUGCAAGUAAUGAAAAUAAGCCAUGUUUUA